CGCUCCCAGCCUCCACCCCGCGGACCUUGGAGCCGGGGCCUGGCUACGCCGUGGCUUCUCUCCACCGAAAAUGUUUUCUCUGGGGUCCUGGCUGCCGGCAUUGCCCGGGCUGGCGUGGGGCUGGGCGCUGCUGGAUGCGCUCCUGCAAGGGUUGGUGGGUGCCUGCGCCGUCUCGGUGCUCUGCAGCCUCCUGAAGGUUUAUCUCUACAUCCAGUGCCUGAACGACCCGGAGAGGCAGGCGGAGAAGGAGGCGAUCCGGGCGCAGCGGCGGGUGCUGGAGCCGCUGCACGUGGUGGUGCUGACGGGCGUGCUGGCGCUGGUGGGCUCCCGCGUGGCCGCGCUGGUGGUGCUGGAGUUCUCGCUGCGCGCCAUCUCCACCGUCCUCUCCCUCGGCAAGGGCGCCCACAGCAGCCAGCUCUACCUGCUGUGCCAGUACUCGCUGGGCUGCGGGGUGUCCUGCGGCCUCAGCUUCUUGCUGGAAGGGGCUCCCCACGGGACCUGCAACCUGGCGCUGGCGGCGGGGCUGGCAGGGCUGCUGGCCGCCUACGCCCGGCGCCUGGCUCGUCACGUCUGCACCCUCUACGAGCUGCACAGCCGAGCGCGUUACUGCGGCGUCUGCAUCCUCCUCCUCGCCGCCGGUCACGGCAUCCCCCGGUUGCUCCGGAACGCUUUGGCCGUCACUUUCGCCGUGGCCGAUCUGGCCGCCGUGGUGCUCAUCAACCGGGAUUUCCUCUCCACGGCAGAGGCCAUCCGGUUCUGGACGCCGCUCACCAUCUGCUACACGCUGCUGGUCAUCUACAUGCAAGAGGAGCCGCGGCAGAGCACCGGCGGGCGGCCGGUUUACCAGACGGUGCUGGUACGGAUGGGCGGCCUCUUCAUCCUCCUCCUCACCGUCGGCCGUUGGACCGACGUCCUCCACGUCCUCGUCUCGUUGCUGGGAGAGCUCUGGUGCCUGCUCCGCGCCGGUGUCAUGCUGGAGGCAUGCCGGCGGCAGGAUUUCGCCCAGCAGUCUUGGCGGGAUAGGCGGUUGGGAUCGGGAUCGGAGGAGACAUCCUGAUAAGCCGCGGGGUGUAACCGGGCAUCAGAAACUCAGGGUGGCUUCGCCCGGCUCCCCGAAAUGCGGGCACCCCUCAAAUCCUCUCCGUCACAGAUCCCCCGUGGGGACAAAGGAAAAAGGGCUCCCGGAAGGUGCUUGGCCCCAUCCCACGGGGUGGGGGAGGUUGGGGGGACACUCACGCGGCCCCUGGUUUUUGGGGGGACCCCGUGAUGCUGCGGUGGUGCUAGGGGUUUGCUCCCUGGUCCCGCCGGGGAUGCAGGAUGCUGACGGAUGUCCCCAUCCUCGGUGGCUGUGGGGCCACACUGUCGCAGUGCAGGGACCUCCGGGGGCUUAUAAAUCUCGGAAAAUAAAGU